AUGGCUCCGGAGUAUUUUCAGUACAUUAACAGCAAAAAUUUUGCCGAUAUUGAGGGUGUUCAAAUCUACUUUGAUGAUUUACUGAUUGCUGCUGAUUCACUAGAUGAGCAUGAUAAGAUAAUGGAAAAAGUAACUAAAAGAGCCAAGGAAGUUGGCGUAAAGUUUAACCCAAACAAAAUACAGUACAAAGUUUGUCAAGUAAAAUAUCUGGGACAUUUGUUCGACAAAGAUGGCAUGCAUGUUGAUCCGGAUAGGCUUCAAGCAAUACUAGCACUAAAAAAUCCUGUAGAUAAGAAGGGGUUGCAAAGUAUUUUGGGAAUUGUGAACUUUCUCACAAGUGCACCAGUUUUGACAAAUUUCGAUUCUAGUAAGGAAGUUACCAUACAGACUGAUGCAUCACAAAGUGGGUUGGGAUGUUGCUUGCUGCAGGAAGGUAGAUCAGUUUGCUAUGCAUCACAUAGCCUAAACAAUGCUGAAAAGAACUAUGCAACAAUAGAAAAAGAGUUGUUAGGAAUAGUGUUUGCCACCAAAAGGUUCCAUAACUUCAUAUAUGGUCGUAACGUUAACGUGGUCACAGAUCAUAAGCCACUUGUCAGCAUUAUUAAUAAUAAAAACAUAGGUGACAUAGCGUCCAGUAGGCUACAACGGAUGAAAAUAAAACUAUUGAAAUAUAAUUUAGCUGUAUCCCAUGCACCGGGUAAAAACAUGUAUGUAGCAGAUUUGCUAUCAAGAAACCAUAUGGCGAACAGUAAGGAUAGUUCAAGUGAUUGGAUCACUGAAGUAGUUCAUUCAGUCAAUACUAGUCUAAAUAUCUCAGAUUCUAAAAAGAAGGAAUACCAAACAGCAACUGAAUCAGAUUCGGUAUUGUACAAAAUUAAGAAGUACUACAACGAGGGCUGGCCACCAGACAAAAGCAAGGUUAGCGAAGAUAUUAAAUUCUAUUACAAAUAUCGGAAUGAAUUGAAUGUCGAGGAUGAUUUGGUAUAUUUAAAUUAUAGAUUGGUUGUACCAACUGAACUUAGAAAGGAUGUCUUAAAACUGUUACACGAGGCUCAUCUAGGAGUCAACAAAACUAAAGCCAGGGCACGUCAAGCUGUUUAUUGGCCAGGCCUCAUGGUAGACAUAGAAAACAUGGUGGCCAUGUGUAGAGUUUGUGAAAAGUUUAGGACAAAAAAUAUUAAGGAGCCAUUGAUUCCUCACGACAUACCGGACAUACCAUUUAAUAAAAUUGCCACUGAUAUUUGUGAGUUCAUGGGCAAAAAUUUUCUUAUUAUACAAGACUAUUUCUCUAAGUGGCUGGAAAUAUUGCCAAUAGCAAAUAAGACAGCUGCUGAGUUUGCGAAGGGUUGGAAUUUUGAGGUGGUAACUAGCUCGCCGACUUAUCCCCAGAGUAAUGGUCAAGCAGAAAGAGCUGUGCAGACUGCCAAAAAUAUUUUGAAAAAGUGUAAAGAGGAGGAUAAGGAUAUUAACUUAGCCUUACUAGAAUAUAGGAAUUGUCCUAUUUCUGGGAUAGCAGCCUCACCAGCCCAGAUAAUUUUUAGUCGAAGACUGAGAGGUAAACUACCUAUUCACUCCAAUCUUUUAAAGCCAGUAAUUGAACCAAAUGUACACGAACAAAUUAAACACAGACAGAAUAUAUAUAAAUACUAUUAUGACAAAAUUGCUAAACCUAGACAAGACCUUGGGCCUGGAGAAAAUAUCGUACUGCGAGAAGGGAAAAUCUGGGAACCGGCCCGGAUUAUACAAAAGCACAGCACUCCAAGAUCAUACGUGAUCAAAGACCAAAAAGGAGAAACGCUGAGACGAAAUUCAAUACACUUAAGAAAAUCAAAAAACAAGUACAGGCAAAUAACUGAUAACUGCAAUAAUGACUCUAAUUGUGAUGCUAAUAUUAAGAUGACUGAUAACUGUAAUGAUGACAACUGUGAUGUUAGUAUUAAGAACGAUAUUGAUGAUAAUGUUAACACUACAAGUACACCUGCUAAAAAAGGGCAAAUUCAAAUUGGUAAAGACUCAACUAAACAGACUGUGACAACUCGUAGUGGUCGUAGCAUUAGGGAGCCUUCUAAAUUUAAGGAUUAUAUAAAGGGAUAG